GGAAUUUCAACGUCCGGUAUAUAAAUGUGUGUACUUUAGUUUUAUAAACCAGAAAACCACUAAGAAAUGAAAAACCUGGAAUAUGGCUCCAAAGCUAAACAUUGCAAUAAUAGAUAAUAAUACUAAUUGCUACACAAAUUUUAAUUGCCCAGACAGCUGACUCCUCUUACUUGAAUAAUAGACCUGUUAUAGGUAUCUUAGCCUUGGAUUCUGAUUCAACUUACGGAAAGACAAGAGUUCCAAUUACCUAUGUUAAAUUCAUUGAGCAGGCAGGGGCACGUGUUGUUCCUAUUAGAGGUGGCCAGCCUGAAGAAUAUUAUCAGCAGAUGGUUAAUUAUACCAAUGGUAUUCUUAUUUCUGGUGGAGCAGUAAACUUUGAAACUAGUCUUAUUGGAAGAUCUGCAAGAAUUGUUUUUAAAUUAGCUUUAGCUCUAAAUGACAAGGGAGACUACUAUCCUAUGUGGGGUACUUGUAUGGGCUUCCAACUUUUAUGUUACUUGAUAGAAGGUGUCAAUCUUUUAAAACUUACAGAUUCAAGAAAUGCCACAUGGCCUCUUAAAUUUUCUUCUGAUGUCAAAGGGAGCCGCAUGUUUAAGAAUGCUCCUCCAGAAUUGAUGAAAAUAUUGUCUACAGAACCAGUAACACAAAACCAACACAAAUACAGCAUUCUGAUUCAUGAUUUUGAAAAUUCAUCACUGUCUGAGUUUUUUACAAAACUUUCAACAAAUACAGACAGGAAAGGCAUAGAAUUUAUCUCUUCUGUUGAAGGUAAAAAAUAUCCUAUCUAUGGUGUUCAGUGGCACCCAGAGAAAAAUAAUUUCAACUGGAAUCCAAAUUAUGAAAUCAACCAUGGUACAAAUGCUGUGAUAGUGGGCCAAUAUAUGGCUAACUUUUUUGUUAAUGAAGCAAGGAAAAGUCAACACAAGUUUCCUAGUCUGGAGGCAGAAGCCAAGAAUCUUAUACAGAACUACAAAAGAGUGUAUUUUUCUGAUGGAAGCUUUUUUGAAAACUACUAUAUAGAUGAAUGAUUAAAUAGUAAUAACCUUUUUUGCUUCACACUUGUAUUAAGUCAGUUUUUUUUAACUUUACAGAGUAACAAAUGUAAACAUAUACUGAUAUUUGAAACUCUUAUGCUUUCAAU